UCGAUCGGCCGCUUUGCUAGAAUUUAAACGCUUCCCACUUAACUGAGCAAAAAGUUGCGUAUACGCCGUGCUGAGUGCGCUAUAGUGUGAAGUACAUAGUGUGAAAACGCCAAAGUUUCAUCCGCAAAGAAAUUGAAAUUUGUUGCAUGGCUGCACGAAAAAACAUAAGUAAUAUGUUAGAAAUAUUAAAUUAUAUAGGGCUUUCACUGUUGCUGCUCAGCGCGGGCACUAGAGCACAGAGCGGUUACAAUUAUGCGCGCCCGGAGAUUUCUAAUAUUGCAAGCGGUGGCGGGAGCAACUCAAAUGCCCUACGUCCAUUGGUUCCGCUCGGUAGUAACACUAUUACUGCACCUACAAAUGCUGCUGUCGGGUAUCCGUCCACCGGUGGCAGUGCUUAUGGCGGCGCAACAUCUGCGGCUGCAGCUCCUUACGCUGUUUUUGGCGCACAACCUACCGCACUCGGUGCUACUGGCCCAACUGCUUACGCCGGCGCAACAGGCGCAUCCGCACUGCAAGUGGGUCCUGGUUUCAACACGGCAAAGCGACCCAUUUUGUCAACUCAGCAACGUGGUGGUGGUGGCGGCGGCGGCGGCGUAUAUAGCGGUGGCUUGACUAAUAUUGCUGGUGCUCAAGCAGCGUAUGGCAGCGCAGCACGCAGCGCCGGACUCAACGAUGUGGACUAUGGCGGUGAAGGCGAUUACUCUGCUAUACCGGGCGUGCCAGCAGUCGAUUAUCCGGUUUAUGCGCAAGUGCCGCAGACAAAUUUCGAUUGCACACAGCAACUACCCGGUUAUUAUUCGGACGUCGAAGCACAGUGCCAGGUCUUUCAUAUAUGCGCUCUCAAUCGCACCUACUCGUUUCUCUGUCCAAACGGCACCAUCUUCAGUCAAGAAACACUCGUCUGUGUAUGGUGGAAUCAAUUUGAAUGUAGCACCGCGCCCUCGCUUUACGCCAACAAUGCGUAUAUCUAUGACUAUGGCAGCGAGCAGCAACGCGCUGCUGGUACCUACGGUGGUUCAAGCGUCACUGCACAAUUAGGCGCGCGUCAAUCAGCUAAUUAUCCAGGUGCUGCUAGCGGCAGUGGCUUACGCGCCACAAGCGCUUCAGUGCCAACAGCAGGAGGCAUUUUUGGCACGGGUAACUUGCGGCCCACCGCUUAUGGCACCCUGCCUAGCACAGCAACACCGGUGCCAUCGACCGCAAGCUAUAGUGCAGGUCGGUUCCCUGGCGGCGCUCCAGCUUCAGCUCAAUCCUUCAACACUGCAGUAGCGCCAAUUGCCGCCACACAAGCUGCUUAUGGGCCUACUGGUGUUGGGGUAGCUGGCGCCACUGGUUUGCCUGCCAGUGCGGCUGGUUCUGGCGCGAGUAGUAAUCGUGAAUAUCUGCCGCCACCACAACAACAACGCCGGCCUUAAAUUUACAAGGUAAAGUAAUAGCAAAACUCGACAAGAAUCUGCUCUCUACGUUAUAGACCACUGGCACAUGUACCCGGUUGUUGUUGUUCCUGCCGCCACACAUCCGUACCACCGUUUAGGUUGUACUGCUUAGUUUAUUCACUAAGUUGUUAAGAUUUUAGUAACAUAUGUAACCAUUUCAUCAUUUUUAAUUCAUCAAUUAUCCUAUGAUAUCCCUUUUCUGAGGCAUGCCCACUCGUCUUCAACCUCGAAUUAACUCUUCUCCUCUUUAACUUGCGAAUCUUUCAAACCAAUAUUAGUA